CUUAACUUUCUAGAUUUGGGGCCAUAACAAAUUGAGGAGCAGUCUCGCAAACAGCCCAACAAGCUACUCUCCGGCAGCAUUAUCCACAGCCGAAAACCAAGUACUCCAUCAGACAAGCUACCAGGGAAUUGUCAGCUGCAAAAAGAAGAAGAUGAAGCAAGGGCUUCUCUCAUGGAGUCACUGCCCGUAUUACCCUACAUUCCUCUCACUCCCUUUCUCCACCACUCUCCAGCCCAGAGUUUCCAAACCUAAAUUCUCAACAAUCACCGUAACGCUGAAUUCAGUAGAUGAAAGCCCCCUGACGGGCCGAGAGAGAAGGCAGAUGAGGAACGAAAGAAGAGAGAGCAAACCCGCCUACAACUGGAAGGAAGAGGUUGAGAUGAGGCUCAUCAAGAAGCCCAAGAAACGCUAUGUCUCUUGGACGGAAGAGCUGAAUUUGGAUAAUCUCGCUUUGCUCGGUCCCCAAUGGUGGGUAGUCAGAGUUUCCAGAGUUUCGGGCCAAGACACUGCCGAAAGGAUGGCCCGUGCAAUGGCCCGCAACUUCCCUGAUAUGGAAUUCAAGGUUUACAUUCCAUCUGUCCAACUCAAAACAAAAUUAAAGAAUGGCUCUCUUUCUGUUAAGCCAAAACCACUAUUCCCUGGAUGCGUGUUUUUGCGGUGUGUAAUGAACAAGGAGUUACAUGACUUCAUACGAGAAUGUGAUGGGGUUGGGGGGUUUGUUGGAUCCAAGGUUGGAAAUACAAAGCGCCAGAUCAAUAAACCUAGGCCAGUAGAUGCAGAUGACAUGGAGGCAAUAUUUAAGCAAGCAAAGGAAGAGCAGGAGAAAGCUGAUCAAGCUUUUGAAGAGCAACAAAGGGCUGAAGCUUUGGAUUCCAAUAAACUGGGUAUAGAUUCUCCACUGGUUUCCCAAGAUCUUGCACAAUCAAAUGCCAAAACAAAGCCUGGAGGCCGUAGUAGAAAAGCUACAAAGCAGACAACAGCAGGAAAGGCUAAAACCUUGAAACCUGGUUCAACUGUCCAAGUUGUAUCUGGGGCAUUUGCUGGAUUUUCAGGCACCCUUAAGAAGCUUGAUAUGAAAACAGGGCUGGCAACUGUUGGAUUUACACUGUUUGGGAAGGAAACUUUGGCAGACAUUGAUGCCACCGAGAUUCUUGCCGAGACAAGUUGAAAUACAAGUGCUGCAGAUCUCUUAGAUGGUAAAUUAUAUUACUGCAUAGGAAAUAGUUGUCCCUAAAGAUGAUUGUGCCCAACAAAAUACCAGAAAAGAUCAAAUGGACAAGAAACAUGCAUAUAAAUCUUCUUCUUCCUAGCAGAAUGCAGCUCCAUGAGGCAUGAUUAUUAGAUUAAAGUACUCCCAUCGACAAGUUUAUGUAUUCUCUGAGUCGAUAAUGGGCUGGUUCAGAUUAAUGUUCCAUUGACUCUUUCCGGCUACUCAUCUGAUAAGACAUACUACUCCCUGAGCAACGGUAUCUUGGUGUGGUUUUGGCCUUUCUGUUCUUGUUCUAAGAAGAGACAGACACAAAGAGAGGAAAAAGAGAGUUAGAAUCUCUCUAGGUGUUGUAAAUGGGGAGGAAGUAUAUGUAAGUAGGCCUUGCAUUUUACUGGUAAUUGAGUUGCUUUAUUUACUAACCCGUUUAGUUGGAAA